AUGAUUAGAGUAUCAUUAAGCGAAUUGCGGGAACAUUUGGGUAGCCCAUGGGGGCUUAUUAUCUUCUAUGUCUUUAUGAACAGCCUCGCAAGCUCAAUAUGGAUGAACAAUGCUUGGACGCCACUUAUAUAUAAAGUCUUCGGAAACAGCAAUCUUUACGUUGGACUCAUGUCGGCUCUGAAUGGAAUGACGCAAAUGUUUUUUGCCAUAUUGGGUGGCCACUUGGCUGAUAAAGUGAUUGGUCCAUCACGUACAUUGAUUUUUGCAGUGCGUUUUGGUGUUUUUUCACUACUUUUUAAUGUCAUUUCUGUAUGGAGUGGCAACCUCUACAUGUUGAUAGUGGCACAGAUACUCUAUGGCGUAUACCUGGGUUUGAGCGUAACCUCAGUGGAGUCUGUCUUUGCGCAGUGCAUCAAACAGGGUGAGCGAGACCGGGUGUACGGCGUGAAAUUCAGCUUUGAGGCCUCAGGGCCUGUGGGAGGACUUGUCCUUUCCCUCAUUCUUUUUGCCCUCUUUGGAAACACGUGGCGCGUUGAAGUCCUGCAGUGGGUUAUUACCACUGGGAUUUUGGUGCAUCUUUCUUCGUUGCAAGUGUUUCUGCUUUACUUUAAACCGCUCCCAAGCCACCUUGACCUCUCCUCCAAUGGUGCUAACGCCGUCGAGGCCGAGGAAGUGGACGUCUCAGUGCAGUGCAAGCAGGAGGAGGCCCGUUCCACGCACAUUGACGAGGAAAUUGUCGUUUACGCCACGAGCGAAACCGUUGUUUCUCCUAUCUCCUCAAGCUUAGAGGUCAGGGACGAAAGUUCAGAGCCGCAGUUUCCUUCGGCGUGUGCGCCCGGGUGCGGCUUGGAGGCAGCAAAGGAGAGGCGGGGUUGUAAGCGGUUUUUUGUAAUUCCUGUGGAAAAGUACCCAUACGUGGUUGUCUUGGCCGAUCUAGUGGUUACCCUGGGAAGUGGCAUGACAACGCAGUACUUUGCGCUCUUCAUGAUGAAUAUUUAUUUUGUUUCGCCAGUCGGGUUGUCUGCGCUUGGUCUCACGAUUGCAGUGUUGAUAUCCGUGCUUGCUAUCGUCAAUUCCCACUUGGGGAGUACGAUUGGAAGAACACGGGCACUUAUUUUACCAAAGCUAUUGGGGUCGCUUAUUUUGCUUUAUAUGGCUCUUGCAAGACAGACCAGCGCGGGACCGAAGUGGCUCAUGUGCAUUGCGUAUGUGUUGCGAAUGGCCGUCAUGAAUUCCACUACCGCUUUGAGUAGGGCUCUCAUAAUGGACUUUGUCUCCGAGGAGCGUCGAGGCAUGUGGAACGCGCUAGAGUCUGUUCAAUCUGCAUCGUGGUCCGGUACGGCUCUCGUGGGUGGUUACAUUGCAGAUCGACUGGGUUAUGGUGCAGCCUUUAUUGUUACCUUCUUCUUUCACAUGACGGCCUGCAUGAUGCUUGUCCCUUGUACACUAAAGAAUGACACUGUGCUGGCAUCAAGAUUGGAUAGGAGGGGUACCGUAAAAGGUCCCAAGGCAAUGACGCGUGUGUCCGAGACGCCGGAGGGAGGUGCGACAACGCUCAGUGCAGACAAUAUUGUCGUGCACGGUGCGACGCCGGAACAAAAGGAGGAGCUAAUAGUAGCAAUAAACUGA